UUUUGUUCCUCCAGACCAGCAGGCAAAUAGCCUAACAGCUUCUACUGUCGCUCACGGAGCUGCAGGGAACUAUGGCGAACUUUGCACGCCCCGUGUCGUCCUCCAUUGGGGGGAUCGACUUUACGAUCUACGAUGAUGAGGAUAUUAAAGCCACCUCUGUAAAGCGAAUCCAUAAUACUCCGACUUUGGAUUCUUUUAACAAUCCUGUUCCUGGCGGUCUCUAUGAUCCGGCUAUGGGAGCAUGGGGUGAUCAUGUCUGCACAACCUGUCGCAUGAACUCAUGGUCUUGUACUGGACACCCUGGACAUAUCGAGCUACCGGUCCAUGUGUACAAUGUCACGCACUUCGAUCAGAUGUACCGUCUUCUCAGAGCGCAAUGUGUAUACUGCCAUCGUCUUCAGAUGUCUCGAACACAAGUUAAUUCCUACACCUGCAAAUUGCGCCUAUUGCAGUAUGGCCUGGUCGACGAGGUAGCUGUCUUGGAGUCGAUGGAAUUGAAGAAGGGAACAAAGAAAUCGGCCAAGGAUGGAGAUGAUUCCGUCAGCGAGGACGAAGAUGAGGAUGACCUUGUGAAGCGCAGAAAUGUGUUUGUUAAAAAGAGCAUUCGCGAAGCCCAGGCUACGGGUAAACUGAAAGGCUUGAUGGCUGGAGACAAAAACCCGAUAGCUGCGGAACAAAGAAGGGUUGUGGUCAGAGACUUCUUCAAGGAUAUUGUCGCCAUCAAAAAGUGUGCCAAUUGCUCGGGAAUAUCGCCAGGUUAUCGGAGAGAUCGGUAUUCGAAGAUUUUCCGAAAGGCUUUGCCUGAAAAGGCUAAACUCGCUAUGCAACAAGCUGGAUACAGUGCGUCUAACUCCUUGGUCCUUCUCCAGGAGACUCGGAGAUUCAACAACAAAGAGAAGGAGGCGCUUGUGAGCGACAAUGCUAGUACUACUUCUGAGACUCACGGGGCAGAGGAAGAAGUUGCCCGUGGCAAUGCCAUCCUAGCGCAGGUGGAUGGCAAGAAGCAGACCGGCGAUUCCAGUCAAUUCAUACCUUCACCAGAAGUUCAUGCUGCAAUCACCCUGCUGUUUGCGAAGGAAGGGGAGAUCCUGAACCUAGUUUACACGUCUCGCCCUAUGUCAAUGAAAGAGUCGCGUGUUAGCGCAGGCAUGUUCUUCAUCAAGAAUAUCAUGGUGCCGCCGAACAAAUAUCGCCCUGUCGCCUCCCAGGGAGCUGGUGCUGUUGUUGAAGCACAGCAAAACACCCCACUGUCUCAGAUCUUGAAGAACUGUGACAUUAUCAACCAAAUCAGUAAAGAAAGGCAGAGUGCAGGAUCCGAUUCUGCCACACGUGUGCGCGACUACAGGGAUCUGCUACACGCCAUUGUACAGCUUCAGGAUACUGUGAACGGUCUGAUUGAUCGUGAUAGGAGUGGACUGUCCGGCCCAGCGGCAGCCAGCGCCCCGAACGGUAUUAAGCAGAUUCUGGAAAAGAAGGAGGGCUUGUUCAGAAAGAACAUGAUGGGUAAACGUGUGAACUUUGCUGCCCGUAGUGUCAUUUCUCCUGACCCUAACAUCGAAACCAACGAAAUUGGUGUUCCGUUGGUCUUUGCAAAGAAACUGACGUAUCCCGAGCCUGUGACCAACCACAACUUCUGGGAAAUGAAACAAGCCGUCAUCAACGGUCCGGACAAGUACCCGGGUGCCGCUGCGAUCGAAAACGAGUUUGGCCAAGUCACUAACCUCAAGUUCAAGAGUCUCGAUGAGCGGACUGCUUUGGCCAACCAGCUGCUCGCCCCAUCAAACUGGAGAAUGAAGGGAUCGCGUAACAAGAAGGUCUAUCGCCAUCUUACCACCGGAGAUGUCGUUCUGAUGAACCGCCAGCCUACGCUUCACAAGCCCUCUAUCAUGGGUCAUAAGGCUCGCGUACUUGCUAACGAACGAGUUAUUCGAAUGCACUACGCUAACUGUAAUACUUAUAACGCUGAUUUCGAUGGUGACGAGAUGAACAUGCAUUUCCCUCAAAACGAGCUUGCCCGUUCUGAAGCUAUGAUGCUCGCGGAUGCUGACCACCAGUAUCUUGUUGCUACGUCCGGUAAACCUCUGAGAGGUCUGAUUCAAGAUCACAUUUCCAUGGCAACAUGGUUCACAUGUCGUGAUAGUUUCUUUGAUGAGGAGGACUACCAUGAGUUGCUUUACAGUUGCCUGAGACCGGAGAAUUCCCAUACUAUCACGGAGCGAAUCCAAGUUGUGGCCCCGACAAUGAUUAGACCAAAGCGCCUCUGGACCGGAAAACAGAUCAUUACUACCAUUCUCAAGAACAUUAUGCCUCCAAACAGAGCCGGCCUCAACAUGAAGAGCAAGUCUUCGACACCGGGAGAUAGAUGGGGCGAAGGUAACGAAGAAGGAACUGUCCUCUUCAAAGAUGGAGAGUUGCUUUGUGGUAUUCUCGACAAGAAGCAGAUCGGUCCUACUGCUGGUGGUCUCAUUGAUUCUAUCCACGAAAUCUACGGACACACCAUUGCGGGACGGCUCAUCGGUAUUCUUGGCCGGCUUCUGACUAGAUUCCUGAAUAUGCGUGCUUUUACUUGUGGUAUCGAUGAUCUUCGCUUAACCAAGGAAGGUGACCGUGUUCGUAAAGAAAAGCUUAGCAAGGCAUCUGAGAUUGGCCGUCAAGUGGCGAUGAAGUAUGUGACUCUUGAUCAAACGACAGUCCCCGACGAAGACGCUGAAUUGCGACGUCGCUUGGAAGAUGUUCUCCGCGAUGAUGAGAAACAAAGCGGUCUGGAUAGUGUCUCGAACGCUCGGACGGCGAACCUAUCUACCGAAAUCACUAAGGCUUGUCUCCCAGGAGGCUUGGUCAAGCCUUUCCCGUGGAACCAAAUGCAAUCGAUGACAAUCUCUGGAGCCAAGGGCUCGAGCGUCAACGCCAACCUGAUUUCUUGUAACCUGGGUCAACAGGUUUUGGAAGGUCGACGUGUACCAGUGAUGAUCAGCGGUAAGACGCUGCCGUCAUUCAGAGCUUUCGACACGAAUCCUAUGGCAGGCGGUUAUGUUUCUGGCCGUUUCUUGACUGGUAUUAAGCCUCAAGAAUACUACUUCCACGCGAUGGCUGGCCGUGAAGGUCUUAUUGAUACUGCUGUGAAGACGUCUAGAUCCGGUUAUCUGCAGCGUUGUUUGAUCAAGGGUAUGGAAGGCUUGAGGGCCGAGUAUGAUACUUCGGUCCGUGAAGCCUCAGAUGGUUCUAUCGUUCAAUUUUUGUACGGAGAGGACGGUCUGGACAUCACGAAACAGGUCCACCUGAAAGACUUUGAUUUCCUGGCAUCGAAUUACAAGUCCAUUAUCUCCCAAGUUAACUCGAGCGACUUCCACACCUUGGAGAAUGAGGAAGUUGCUGAUUGGCAUAAGGAGGCCAUGAAGAAGGUGCGCAAGACCGGAAAAGUCGAUGCUAUGGACCCUGUACUGUCUCGUUAUCAUCCUGGAGGUAACCUGGGUAGUACAUCCGAGCUGUUUGCUCAAGCUGUCAAGAAGUACGAGGAUGCCAACCCGGACAAGCUUUUGAAGGAUAAGAAGAAGAAUGUUGAAGGUAUUCUUAGCAAGAAAUCAUUCGGUAACAUGAUGAAUAUGAAGUACUUGAAGUCGGUGGUUGAUCCUGGUGAAGCCGUUGGAAUUGUAGCUGGCCAGUCUAUUGGUGAACCAUCAACUCAAAUGACUUUGAACACCUUCCAUUUGGCUGGUCACUCUGCGAAGAACGUGACACUGGGUAUCCCCCGUUUGCGUGAAAUUGUGAUGACAGCUAGUGCUCAUAUUAUGACACCCACGAUGACCUUGAUCCUGAAUGAAGAACUGUCUAAAGAACAUUCCGAAAGGUUCGCCAAGGCUAUUAGCAAGCUCAGCAUUGCAGAGGUUGUCGAUAAGGUCCAAAUUAGGGAGAGAAUCACGUCGGGCAGUACAAAGGCUAAGGUUUAUGAUAUCGAAGUCUCAUUCUUCCCGCCUGAGGAGUAUACUGCAGAGUAUGCAAUCAAGACUAAGGAUGUGCAGAUUGCUUUGCAGAACAAGUUCAUCCCUAGGCUUGUGAAGCUUACCAGAGCUGAACUCAAGAGGAGGGAGGAUGAAAAGAAGCUCACUAGCUACUCGACCGCCCAGCCUGAAAUCGGUGUCUCCGUUGGUACCGUCCAAGAAGCUCCGCGGGGUGCUGAUGGUGACGAUGAGCCAAUUGACAAUGAUGAUGAAGAGGACCAGGACGACGCCAAACGCGCCGGUGGAGCUAAUAACCGUUCCAACCAAGUAUCCUAUGAAGGCCCCGAAGACGAAGAACAAAACAUGAUUCAGGCCCAAGAUGUCGUCGAAGAUGAUGAAGAGGAAAGUGGCGAGCCCCAGUCGCGAGAUGUUGAGAUGAAUGAUGCCUCUGAUGACGAAUCUGAUGAUGAAGCCAAAGACAACAAGUUGCGUGAGGAUGAUAUCAAGAACAAGUUCGGCGAGGUUACCCAAUUCAAAUUCAACCCAAGCCAGGGUACUUCGUGCGCUAUUCAGCUGCAGUACGACAUCUCAACCCCCAAGCUUCUCGUCCUGCCUCUGGUGGAAGCAGCCGCUCGUAGUGCCGUCAUCCAGUCUAUCCCUGGUCUCGACAACUGUACAUACGUGGAGGCAAACCCUAUCAAGGGUGAGCCUGCCCAUGUUAUCACUGAAGGUGUCAAUCUUCUCGCUAUGCGUGACUACCAAGAUAUUAUCAAGCCUCAUUCCCUCUACACGAACUCCAUCCACCACAUGCUAAACCUGUAUGGUGUCGAAGCUGCUCGCGCGUCUAUCGUCCGUGAAAUGUCCGACGUCUUCGAGGGUCACAGUAUCUCGGUUGACAACCGUCAUCUGAACCUGAUCGGUGAUGUGAUGACCCAGUCUGGUGGCUUCCGGCCCUUCAACCGCAAUGGUCUUGUCAAGGAUGCCUCCUCGCCUCUUGCUAAGAUGAGUUUCGAAACAACUGUCGGAUUCCUCCGGGACGCUGUCCAGGAGCGGGACUUUGACAACCUGAAAAAUCCUAGUAGUAGGAUUGUUGUCGGUCGGGUUGGAACAGUUGGUACCGGUGCUUUUGAUGUUCUUGCCCCAGUGGCAUAAUGGGUGGCUAUUUUUGCGAUGUAUGACAUCUCACAUUGUCUUUUACUGUAUAUGAGUGAACUCACGUGUAUCUAUUAUGCAUUUUUCCUUGAUGUGUUUUAUGACUUCUGGAGUUUUCUCUCAGCGAAAUCAAGAAAAGUCUUUCAUUUUCUUCCAGAGCAAUCAUUUAUGAUAUAGCAGAUCAAUAGAAUCAAUCUUUACUAAGCAA